AGCUCCCCACCGGGUUCCCUUGAGAGUCGCGCAGGCAAAGCUCCGCCCGGCUCCUUUGCCCUCCUCCUCCGGCGGUGCUGCCGUCGCGAGCGUGCCUGGGAAAGGAUGCCAGGUUCCCGCUCUGUGCAGUAGGUCUAGGAUUAAGUGUAGGGCCAGGUCUAGACUUCCCUCCGUGGGAUAUGGCGUGAUGCCGAGUAGAAGCACUGCAUCGGCGCUUACGAGCGGUGCCGGACGCCGUUCAACUUCGCUUUCCGGCCGCUCUCCGUGGUGGAGAGAAGCUGCGGGAGGCGGAUCUGACUCCAGCUUCUUCAAUAAGCUCGAUCUAGUCCUGUUUUCUUGUUGCUGUCGUGGUGAUGGGAACGGAAAGAGGACGAGGUGGGGAUCAAGAUUCUCCCAAUUGGGCUGGUGCAUAUUCUCAUCGGUGGGGUGGAGCUACGGCGCGCACUGUUGCCGCCGGUCUCUGCCGCCUCUCCGGUGACCUUUCUGGCCGAAUGGCGUCCCCGUGAAGCCAUGGCGUCUGUGCUGGCUUCGUUUCUUCCUCCAGGCUUGAUGCCAUUAGGGAGGCAGCUAUUCAGCUUCGGUAUGGAGUCUUCCUCUUCCGUCUUCGGCCGGAGAUGGAGUGGUGGCGGUCCAGUGAUCCCAAGUGGUCUUGUCCCCGGUGAUGGCCGGACUGGAUCUGUGCUGGAGCUGACAUUUGGACCCAAUUCUACGGAGAGAGCGCAGAGGGAGCGGCUCCGGGAUCUGGCUGUGUUUGAGCGUGUGUGCAGCGACCCCAUGCGCACGUCCCGUUCCCUCGCCGUCAAGAAGUUUUGCAGAACUAUCUCGUCUACCGGCAUACAGGCAUCAGAUAUACGCCCUCUUCCAGUCUUACGAGAAACGAUGGAUUAUCUUUGGCAUUUACUAAAUUCUUCAGAGUACCCAUUUGAGAUCGUUCAUGAUUUCAUAUUUGAUAGAACAAGGUCUGUGAGACAAGAUCUUAGUAUACAGAAUUUGGUGAAUGAUCAAGCUAUUGGCAUAUAUGAGGAUGUGAUAAAGUUUCAUAUUCUGUCCCAUCAAAGACUUGCGAGGUCUUGCCAGGAUUCUGAUGCAUCUUCCUUGUGUUACCUGAACACGGAACAAAUGAUGAAAUGCCUUCUUUCUCUGUUUGAUAUGUAUCAUACAAUUCAUAAAAUCAAUUCCCAAAGCAAUAAAGAGGCUGAGUAUUAUUCCUUCUUUGUGCUUCUACAUAUGGGUUGCAAGAUACCUAAAAUGGCAAACUCACUCUCUUUUUGGUACAGCCAAUUACCAGCUUCAAUAGUACGAUCAAAGGAAAUGAUAUUUGCUAGAACUAUAUUGAGAUGCUACCACCUUGGGAAUUUCAAGCGUUUCUUUUGCAUGAUAGCAGAUGAAGCAACCGAGCUUCAGUUGUGUUUGGUAGAACCUUUCCUCAAUGAGGUCCGUGCUAGAGCAUUAAUGUACCUCAACCAUAGCGGCUACAAACUUCAGCACCAUCCUUUGACACAUCUGUCAGAUAUCCUGAUGAUCGAGGAGUUGGAGCUGGAAGAUCUCUGUAGAAUAUGUGGGCUUGAAAUUAGCAGAAGCGGGGAUACUAAAGCAUUUGCUCCCAAACAAACAACCUUCAGCCUACCAACGCCAUUAUCUAAAAGUAGUGGCAUUUACAUCUCAAGGGAGAUCAAAAGAUGAUAAGAGCAUUGUUAUGUAUGUUUAGUAGAGUGCACAGCGGAUAUACAAUGCAUGGGGCACUUGUUCUGCUGUAAUUCUGCUGCGUGUAAAAGUUUGUAACAAGAACACGAAAGGCAAUUAAUACAAGAGAAAUCGAGGCUAAUAAUUGUUCUGCUGUAA